UCUCUCUCUCUCUCUCUCUCUCUCUCUCUCUCUCUCAAUAUCUCAACCAUGGCUUUAGCCACGAAAACAACGUUGCCUUUUCUCCUUCUUCUUCUUCUCGUAAUAUCAAUCUUCAUAACCCCAUCAAAUUCAGCUACUGAUUCCUUCGUUUUCGGUGGGUGUUCACAGCUGAAAUACACGUCAGGCUCACCUUAUGAGUCCAACGUCAACUCGAUACUCACUUCCCUAGUCAACUCAGCCAUGUUCACCUCCUACAACAACUUCACCAUGCCAGGCUCCACCUCUCAGGACACCGUUUACGGCCUCUUCCAGUGCCGUGGUGACCUCAACAACGGGGACUGUGCCCGCUGUGUUGCUAAAGCAGUGAGUCAACUCGGAACCCUUUGCCUUGACUCAACGGGUGGCGCGCUGCAACUCGAAGGGUGUUUCGUGAAAUAUGAUAAUAUAACCUUUUUGGGUGUGGAGGACAAGACUGUGGUGGUGAAAAAAUGUGGGCCGUUGAUUUCGUCUUACUCGGACGCGUUGACGCGGCGUGAUGCGGUGUUGGGUUACUUGGCAGCAAGCGAUGGGACCUACAAGCCGUUUCGGGUUGGCGGGUCAGGGGACAUACAGGGUGUGGCUCAGUGUGUAGGUGAUUUGAGUCCGAGCGAGUGCCAAGAUUGCUUAUCGGAGGCAACUGGACGGCUCAAAACUGAGUGUGGGGCAGUCAAGUGGGGUGACAUGUACUUGGCCAAGUGCUACGCGCGGUACUCGGAAGGUGGAGACCACUCCCACGGGGAAAAGGAUACUAAUAAUGAUGAUGAUGAGAUCGAGAAGACACUAGCAAUUCUAAUCGGACUCAUUGCUGGAGUUGCUUUGAUCAUAGUAUUUGUAUCAUUCUUAUCAAAAGUGUGUGAGAAAGGGAAAGGUGGUAAAUAAACAAACAAUUUCAGGAUGUCAUGUAAACCUCUGCAUCUGGUAUAUUGUUUUUGCUCCUGGUGGACCUUUAGCUGCACUUUUGUUUUUGUGGUCUUUGACUUUUCUCUCUCUCCUUCUCCCUCCCAUCUCUUUUCCUUGAUGUUUCUUUCAUGCUCCCUCUAAAGAAGAUCUCAAAUUAAUGGGGUUGAUAGGAAAGAUGUUUAUGGAAACAGGUACCUUGAAACAAGUGAAAAGAAAGUUGCAGAAAGAUGGAAAAAGCCUAAUGACUCUAAUAAUACCCACACCCCACUUGAGCUUUUUAACCAUGCUAGCUUGUUUCUGGGUGUAUAAUUAGUAAACACUUUUGUGAAAAAAGUGCUCUUUGUGGUGCUGUAGUUAGUGCAUUUUGUUGGGUCUUAUUAGAGCUUUUGCUAACUUUCCAGUAUAUUUUGUUUGCAAAAGCUUGAAUUCAUCUAUACUUUAGAUUGUAGCAUACUUGUUUAUUAAACUUCUGUUAAUUCAAUGUUCAAUUUGCUCUGUAUUUGCAAACACUACUUGCCCCCACUUCCAUUUUAUGUAACUUUAUAGUAUUAAAUAUUACUCCAAUUCAAAAACAAUA